AGAGUGAUUUCUCUUGCAUCCUCCGUCUAGGGUUUUCACCAGCUCGUCUUCGUCGCAUUUUCCUCUAACGCAACAAUGGUUCUCCAAAACGACAUCGAUCUGCUCAACCCUCCAGCUGAGCUCGAGAAGAGAAAGCACAAGCUCAAGCGUCUCGUGCAGUCUCCUAACUCCUUCUUCAUGGACGUUAAGUGCCAGGGAUGCUUCAACAUAACGACAGUGUUCAGCCACUCGCAAACAGUUGUAGUGUGUGGAAACUGUCAGACGGUUCUGUGCCAGCCCACUGGUGGUAAAGCCAGGCUCACUGAGGGAUGCUCUUUCAGGAAGAAGUGAAGAAUAAUUCAUCUUUUUACAAAUGUUGCUGUGAGGGAAGUCAAGAUCUUUAUUCAGUUUGCUUAGUACUUCUUAUUGUAUUGUGACGUUCUUUCUUUUUUUUGAUUAUGAGAAGAUUUUGAAACUAUCAUCAAACCACUAGUUGGAUUCUAAUUCGUCUGCUUUCAUUUAGUUAUAAAUUAUUCUCGCAUCAA